AUGACUCUGGAAAGUGCAUUGAAGGCGGCUCGCGAAGCCUAUGCCGAGAGGAACCCCAAUUCCAAGGCAGCGUACGACACCGCCGUUCAAGUGUUGCCCGGUGGAGGUACGAGAACCACCCUCGCAUGUGAACCAUUCCCCAUCUACAUCGCCAGUGGCAAGGGUGGUGAAAUGACUGAUGUGGACGGGCACGUGUAUAAAGACUUCCUGUCCGACUUCACCAGCGGCAUCUAUGGCAAAAGCCACCCAGCCCUGCAAGCAGCCAUCAGCAAAGCGCUCACCACGGGUGUCCAGUUUGGUGGCCAUACCACUUCCGAGGCCCGCUUUGCAGCUGGUCUUGUGGCCCGGUUCCCGUCCAUGGAGCUGGUGCGAUUCUGUAACUCUGGAACCGAGGCCAACCUCAAUGCCAUCGGCGCGGCACUCAAGCACACCAAGCGUAAAAAGGUCGUAGUUUUUGAAGGAGCCUACCAUGGCUCGUUGUUGUGUCGCUUCAGCCAAAAUGAACCAGAGGACGUGCCCGGUGUCCUCCGUGCUCCUUAUGUGAGCGAGGUUAGCCUGAGCGUCAAAGCCCUUCUUGACCCCAUCACAACUGAGAUCGGAGCCAUCCUUGUUGAACCAAUGCUGGGUGCUGGCGGAGCUGUCCCUGGAGACCCAGUGUUCCUGGAAGGAUUGCGCGAGCUGGCCACUCGAAUUGGAGCUGUCUUGAUCUUCGACGAGGUUCAGACCUCGCGACUAUCACCAGGUGGUCGCCAAGCCCUCCUGGGGAUCACACCGGACAUGACCACGGUGGGCAAGUACUUUGGUGGUGGGUUUGCGUUCGGCGCGUUUGGUGGUAAGAGGGAGAUCAUGGACAUGUUCGAUGUCCGCCGCCCAAACCCUGUCAGCCAUGGUGGCACGUUCAACAACAGCGCUCUGACGAUGGUGGCUGGCGCAACUGCACUGGAGCAGAUCCUCACUCCGGAAGCUCUCUCCAACCUGAAUGCCCUUGGUGACACCAUGCGCGACAUGCUCAACUCUGGGUUCCAGACGUCCGGCGCUCCAUUCAAGGUGACUGGCCUGGGAUCAGUCAACCAAAUCCACUGCACCCUCGCCAACGAGCUUCGUAACUCGGCUCACGACCUCCUCUUCUUCGGCCUCUUGGAGCGGGGAUAUUGGACUGCACAGCGCGGGACCCUUGCUCUCAACUUCCAGAACACCAGCGAGGAUGUGGAAGAGUUUGUCGCCGCUGUCGUCGACGCCGCGCAGGCCGUCACCGUGGCUGCCAAUGGAAAUUGA